CUUGAAGUAUACUAUCAUCCCCAAUCUUUAUAAGUGUGUUCUAUGGAUUCAAUGUCGUUGUCUUUGGAGUCCUUGCUGACGCUGGCAUCAGCUGUAGUGACCCUGGAAACAGCUCUGAUCUCCUCAUUAUCCGCUAGCUUGAGUCCCUCGUUGAUUUUACCGCCGGCGAGAGAUUCUUCCUCUUCUAUAUCCAUAGUGACCGCUACAUUAUGGUUCUGGCUGUGGAUAUUUUUCAAGGUAAUGAACUAUGUGGUGGUAAUUGUUCCAACUAUAAUAUUGAACUUACUUUCGAUCAAUUAUCAGGUUACGUUAUCGCUUUCUCUGAUAUUGGUUACUUUAUCAAUCAUGUUGGGCAUAUCCUUUAUCAUUGUUCGUUAUCGUUAUUUGACAGGCUAUUCAAAAGACACCCAACCGGGGAUCAAGUCCAAAAAGCAUAAAGAUAUCGAUAUUGUAAAUGACAUGACCAAUAAAAAGCAUCGUGGGGAAAAUAAAUCUACUUCCAAUUACUUGGAUGAAUUUUUAAGUGCAAUCAAAGUGUUUGGUUAUUUGGAAAGACCAGUUUUCCAUGAACUAACUAAAAAUAUGACCACUCAAAAGCUAUCAUGUGAUGAAAUAUUGUAUCUUGAUGAAAAAUUGGGAUUUUCCAUUGUAGUUGACGGUACUCUUCAAGUUUAUACAAAAAUCAAUGACUCGUUUGCUAAUUCACUGGAGAAUAGCCCAAGGGAUUUGGAAAGUGACGAUGAAAUUGACUAUGAAAAGGGAGAUAUUCUAAGAAUUGGUGAUCAAAGAUAUCAGCUAUUGAAUGAAGUUAAAAGUGGAUCUCCACUUUCUUCUUUGAUUAAUACCCUCGACCUUUUCAAACCUUUAUAUUCUAAGGUUCAACAUUCUAAUACUAAUUUAUCAAGUAUCGCUGGCAGCACUGGGGUUAGUGUUGAAAACUUUCAAAAUUACGAUUUGACUCAAAAGCUGAAUGGACAAAAUAACACCAAAGCUUCCUUUCAUAUUAACCCUUUACAAAAUAAUAGCCCGAAUGAUAGUGGUAUUUCUCCUCUUGAUUAUCCACGCCCUUCUUAUCCCAAAAACCAGUCACCUUUACCUGAACAAUACUUAGAAUCUUUACCAAAUUCUCCAAUUCCUUCGAGUACUCCAACUCCAAUGGAUACUAAUGUUUUACAGCCAGAGCCCAGACGUCCAGAUCAGAGUCCUACAAGCCAUACUAUUAGAGGCUCUCCGAGUGGAAUACCUCCUUCGCCACCUCAUGAAUCUCAGUGGAAAUCAUCUAGCUAUUGCUACCCAGAUAUUAUUGCCAGACCAAAGCCUUUGUCAAAAUCUGAUGAUAAGAAAAAAAGUCAUGCUAAUACAAGUGCUACAAUUGCCAUUAUUCCAUAUCUGGCAUUUCAAAGAGUCCAGUCAAAAUAUCCAAAAGCAACCUCUCAUAUUGUUACCAUGGUUUUAACUAGAUUAUACAAGGUCACUAUGAAUACCAUUCACAAUUAUCUUGGCUUGACUAGCCAGAUUCUCGAUAGUGAGAUUAAACUUAACAAUUCAGAGGAGGAUACAAAAUUACCAAGCUAUUUACAUGAAGGUGUCAUUGAAAGAUUUUAUGGCAAACCUGAUGAUAAAUCAAAAGACAGCCAAUCUAAUAAUACAAAAUCAAAUGAAAAUGGAGAUAAAAUCGAAAAGAGACCACCAUUUUUAACUAAGGGUACAGUGAAUAAUAGUUCAAGACAUUCGGCAAAAAAAUCGUCUUCCAGAUACGUUGUUUUAGAUUCAAGAUCAAAAUCGUCCCACCCUGGGGACUUAUUAUCAUCCGUUCCAUUAUCUAGACGAUCUGAUUACUAUCAGUCCCACGCAACUGCAGUUCACCCCGAUCCAUCUGAAGAGUCCAAUGACAAAUUGAACUCUCAAAGUUCAUCUAAUACAUCUACCCGUCCUCACCCUUCUCAUUCUAGCAAGCCUUCAAGUACAACUGUGAAACUGCAUAUCCCUACUCCGUUAAAGAGGGACCAUGGAAAAGUCGAAGACAUAAGGGAACUUGAAUUCUCAGGUGAUCGUGAAGAAACCGAAGAAACUUCUUUGCGAAUUGCAAUUGUUGAAAAUGUGUUCAAAUUAAUUGGUAUUGAUGAAAAUAAUGUCUUGAUUAACAAUGAGCCAUUAAACGGGAGUAUGUCUUCUUCCGUAAACUCAUCUGUUGUUGGGUUAUCGAGUUUGAUGAAUGGAAAUAGUGUUUCACAAGUCAACCUUUUGAACGGAAAUCUGAAUAACAGAUUGGAACACAGUAUUUACGAUACGGUACUUGGGAGGAAUAGGCUCGACUCUCUUCACAGCUUGAACUCUAGAAGUGAUAGUCCAAUUCCCACUAAAGUUUAUAAUACUAUAAGCCAAUCUCAAUUGAAGAAUCAAAAUGUUGGCGAUUCAAGUAUCAUUAAUAAUCUAGUAAAUGGUCAGGGUUUAAAAAAUAAAGCAGGCUCCCAUUCAUCUGAUUUGAAUUUUAAUGAUAUCAAGAAUGAAUUCGGUAAAUAUCUCGAAGUCAAGUACAUCCAACCUAAUAAGACAAUCGUUGAACAAGGCUCGUUUAACUCAGGAUUAUACUACGUUAUUGAUGGAUCCUUGGAUGUUUAUUAUAAAUCAAAUUCAACGGAUACAGAAGCGCCCUCAUCAUUCAAAAAGCUUUACAGCGUUCAACCCGGUGGAUUGGCUGGAUACAUUAGCUCAAUUGUUGGUUUUAGGUCAUUAGUUUCUAUUAGGACGCUCAAGGAUAAAGGAUGUAUCGUUGCUCACAUUUCCAAGUCCGACUUUUCAAAAUUAUCUGAUAAAUACUAUUUCUUACAAUUGCCUGUUGCCUCCAAAUUGAAAUCAUUGUUGUCAAAAGAAAUUUUGAUAAUUGAUUAUGCCUUAGAAUGGUGCCAUAUUCCUGCUGGGGAUGUACUUUGCUCUCAAGGUGAUGUUGCUAAUGGUUUCCAUAUAGUUUUAAGUGGUAGGUUUAGGGUUAUCAAAAAUAAUAAUCCUCGUAAAAGUGAGGUUCAUUUGAAUGGUUCUACUGCGGACAUUCAUAAUUACAAUGAUAACCUAAUAGAUGAAACUACUAAUAAUAGACAUAACUCAAAUCAUAAUCAAUUAUCAUCAGAAGAUUAUGAAGUAUUGGGUGAGUACGGACAUGGUGAAUCUAUCGGUGAAGUUGAAGUUUUGACGGCAUCUCGCAGAACGAAUUCUCUUAUUGCAGUAAGGGACUCUGAAACUGCUAGAAUUCCAAGAACUUUAUUUGAGAUGCUAUCCUUGAAAAAUCCUUCAAUAAUGGUUAAAGUUUCCAGAAUUGUUGCCAGCAGAAUGGUACAGCAAUCUGGUAAUAAGCAUCCCCACAAUCAAUAUAUGAAUACUUCUGUUGCUCCAAUACCUACGUCAACAACCCCAUAUAUUAGUAACGAUUACAAAACAAUCACCAUUCUUCCUUCAGUUAGUGGGUUACCCGUGAGGGAAUUUGCAGACAAAUUGGUAAGUGCCUUAAAAUCAAUUGGUCGUAAUGUUAUUGCUCUAGACCAAGCAUCUACCUUGACUCAUCUUGGUCGCCAUGCGUUUGAUGAAAGAUUAGCUCAAUUGAAACUUUCAGGUUAUUUCGCAUACUUAGAGGAAGAGUAUGAAACGAUUGUUUAUGUAUGUGACACCCCCAUAAAAUCAAAUUGGACAUCUACUUGUAUAUCUCAAGGUGAUUGUAUUUUAUUAUUAGCCGAUGCAGAAGAUGAUGAUGUCGCAAUCAAUGCUGGUGACUAUGAAAGAUUACUCAUAAAAUUGAAAACUACUGCAAGAACUGAUUUAUGUUUGAUCCAUCCUGACAAAUAUGUCGUUCCUGGAUCAACUAGUAUAUGGUUGAAAAACAGAAUUUGGGUUCAAGGACACCAUCAUAUUCAAAUGGAAUUGAAUAGAGAUAAAAAUAGACAACAGAAUAAGAAAAAGCCAAAUAUCAUAAGUGAUUUAGCUGCAAAAAUUAGCAGCAAAACCAAUCCUAACAUCAAGAUUAAAUUUGAAAAUGUCAAAUCAAAAGCCAUGUCUUCAUUGGUCAAAUUGAAUUCUCGUCUCAACAGAACGGAAAACAUGGCAUAUAAAUCGGUUCAAUCUCAUAAGAACGAUUUCUUAAGAUUAGCUAGAAUACUUUCUAAUGAAGCCGUCGGAUUGGUUUUGGGUGGCGGUGGUUCCCGUGGUAUAUCUCAUGUCGGUGUUGUCAUGGCCCUUGAAAAGCACGGUAUUCCUAUUGAUUUAAUUGGGGGUACCUCAAUAGGAUCUUUUGUUGGUGGAUUAUAUGCAAUGGAUUAUAAUAUUGUUUCUAUAUACGGUAGAGCCAAAAAGUUUGCAAAACGUGUUUCGUCAUUAUGGAGAUCUAUUUUUGAUUUAACUUAUCCAGUUACCUCAUAUAUCACAGGGUAUGAAUUCAAUAGGGGUAUAUGGAAAUUAUUUGGUUUUGCAGAAAUUGAAGAUUUUUGGAUCAAAUACUUUUGUAACUCUACUAAUAUCACCAACUCUACUAUGGAUAUCCAUGAAUCCGGAUAUGCAUGGCGAUUCAUAAGAGCUUCAAUGUCAUUGGCAGGUUUAUUACCCCCAAUUGCAUUCAAUGGAUGUAUGUUACUAGACGGUGGCUAUCUAGAUAAUUUGCCUGUCAUGGAAAUGAAGAAGAAAGGUGCAAAAUAUAUUAUUGCAGUUGAUGUUGGUUCAGCCGAUGAUAGGACCCCAAUGAAUUAUGGUGACACAUUAUCUGGUUUCUGGGUAUUAUUCAAUAGGUGGAAUCCAUUUUCGAAACAUCCAAAUGUACCAAAUAUGAUGGACAUUCAAUUGAGAUUAGCAUAUGUUGCAAGUGUUAAUGCAUUAGAGAUGGCUAAAAAAACACCAGGAGUCAUAUACUUGAGACCUCCAAUUGAUGAUUAUGCAACAUUAGACUUUGCAAAAUUUGAUGAAAUUCAUCAUGUUGGUUUAGCAUAUGCGGAUAGCUUACUUAGCAACUGGGAACAGAAUGGCCGUCUCCCUCAAAUCGCAGGUAUGAUAGACAAGUCCAAGAUAAGAAGUGGUGAUGUUCCUAGAUCACUUUACAGAAGAAAUUCAAUUUAAUCUCUUUCAUCUUAUAAACUUUAUCAUCUAGCCUUUAUUUCAUAAACUUCUUAUAUAAUAUUUAUUCAAAGCAUGUAUAUAUGCUCAAAAUAGACAGCCUCAACUGGUA